AUGAAAGACGACAACCCAAGAGGGGGGCGCGAGCAUAUGAUUAUGCCGUCUCAUACACUUACUACCCGUCCAGUUACGGUGGACGACAUGAUCAACUGGCUUCGACUAGAUGGUUUCAAUCGCGGCUUAGUGGGUUGGUCUACCCAAUUCUCGUCGGAGGAGAUAUUCGGUUGCCCCAGUCCCCCCACCCAGGGGCAACUGCUACCAGAGUCUCAGAAGAAGGCUGUCCAGGGACCUCCGCCAGGAAACGCAGACGCAAGUCUAUGUGCUGCGCUGGACCGCGCUGAACGCCAAGCAGAGCAGGAAAAAGAAAUCCGGCGGAAGAUCCAGCAGCAUAGGGGUCUAAUUCCGGCUGCAGUGAGGGAGGUCGAGAGGCGCUUGGUGACAGCCGGAGUCCCUAUGGAAGAAGUGCGAAAGCUGGGCAGGCAGGACGCUGCGAGCAGUGUGUUCGUCAAACUGGGACGAUUGGAACAGAUUCAGAGACCUGUACCGCCACCGCCAGCUCGAGUGAGGAUUCAAGUCGUCUGCGAUAUCUACGGAAUGUUUGAUCAAGGCGGAUUGUGGAGGAUGGACCUAUACAUACCCCGGAACUGUCUAUUUGAUGAAUUCGAGGAUAUCCUGCAAAGACAUGCCUAUGUCAAGAGCAUUCUUGAGGUCCAGCGGGUCCAGACACCAGAACGUACUUAUGAUCCAGACGAGCAUACUAAAGCCCGAGCUAUCAAGGAAACGAAAUCUCAUAAGCAGGUUCUUCGAGGAAAAUAUGUUCGUGCUAAGGUGUGGGGAUACAAGAUAGUAGGCACAGAAGAGACUGGCCUCCCGAUUGAGGCCGACGGACACUGGAUUGCGCUAUGUGAUCAGGAGGAUUUUACCAAGCUGAUGAAGGUAGUAGUGCGAGAUGCAUCCAAGAUAGCACUGAUUUGCCAUGAAAGCACGCUCGAGAGGCCCGCAGAACAGGCCCCUAGUCCACCACCGCAGUGGAAAGAUGUCGAUAAACAAGACCUGGAUGACCUCUGGCGCAAUUGGGAGAGUGGUACUUUUCAUCUUGAUCCAAUUGACUGGGAACUGGACGAUUGGGAAGUCGGCGGUUAUCGUCCUAUUGGGAAGACCAGGACGUUGAACGGAACUGUCUCACCAGAAAGUGAAUCUCAGUCAGACAGCAAAUUUCCUUAA